UUCAUGUAAUGAAGUGCCACAAAGAGGAAAAAGCGGAGUCCCGCUCGGAAAAAAAAGGCCAUAAAUAAAAGGUUGCUCCCUUUGUUUUUCAUUCUGGAAAGAGAGAGAGAGAGAUGGGUGCUUCUGUUUCGGUUCCCGAGAGAUCCGUCCAUCAAUUCACCGUCAAGGAUAGCUCCGGCAAGGACGUGAAUUUGAGCAUAUACCAAGGGAAAGUCCUCCUCCUCGUCAAUGUUGCUUCCAAAUGCAGUUUCACCGAAUCCAAUUAUACCCAGCUCACCGAACUUUACCGGAAAUACAAGGACCAAGGGUUUGAGAUCUUGGCGUUCCCUUGCAACCAGUUUCUUUACCAAGAGCCCGGCACGAGUCAAGAGGCUCAUGAGUUUGCUUGUGCGCGGUUUCAGGCCGAAUACCCGGUUUUCCAAAAGGUACGUGUAAACGGUCAAAAUGCAGCACCACUCUACAAGUUCCUUAAGGCAAGCAAACCCACUUUUCUGGGUUCUAGAAUUAAGUGGAACUUCACCAAAUUCUUAGUCAGCAAAGAUGGCAUAGUGAUUGAUCGUUACGGUACGAUGGCUACACCGCUAUCAAUCGAGAAAGACAUCAAAAAGGCUCUGGAAGAGGCAUGAUACAGCCGACGGAAUUGCCUUUUACCUCAAGAGACCUAAUAAAUUCGCGGUUGAGUUGUAAUGAUAACCGCAGCUUUUAUGUUGUGAAUCAACGAUGUUUUUUCUUUACGGACAAGUUUCUCAGUUAAUUGGUGUACAUAUUUUCAAAAUGAUAAAUGGGCCAAAAUCCGAACUUAAUUGGUCCACCUUAUCUGCAGAUCCAAUUCUUCUUGAUAAAUAUACUUUUUAGUGAUAA